AUGCCCAGGAGCGGCAGGGGCAAAGGCCUGUCUACGACACAGGACCCGCUCCUCACUGCCACGCGCUGGCAGCCCCACGCUCGCCCGCACCCUCCUCCCCCACCACCUCCACCGACCUCAUCUGCUCCGGCCAACCCUCGGCCGCCAAAGCACCAACGCCGCAAGGGACACGCUCAGCACCACUCGCCGACAUCGUGGCAACCCGUCCACCUGCACCACUUCAGCCCGACCGCCGCCGAGUGGCUCCCCCUCCACCUCGACCCCGCCGACCCGUUCGACCUCACCUCGACAGCCGCCACCUCGCUCGACCCGAAGCCCGACUCGUCGGCCAAGGUCGUCGUCCUCACGUACAACACGUGGUCGUCGUCGCCGUCGCACACCUCGGCCCAAUCGCGCGCCAUCCUCGACCUCGUGCGCACCUCGCGCUCCGACCUCGUCGUCCUCCAGGAGGUCACCUCGACCUUCUUCCGCCUCCUGUCGCACGAGCCAUGGCUCCGCGAGUGGGUCGUCUCGACCCCGGACGACUUUUGGCGCGUCGCGGGCACGGGCGCCAAGAAGCGCGGCAAGGAGGGCGACGACGAGGCGUGCGUCGUCCUCGUUCGGCGGGCGCUCGUCGGGCGAGGGACCGAGGUCAAGAUGGCGAGGCUCGACAGGGCGAGAGACGAGGGCGGGAGGGCCGCCAUUGCGGUCAAGCUGUGCUCUCGAGGGGUCGAGCAGAUCCGGCUCGUCACGUCGCACUUCUCGCCCUUGCCUGACAACGCCUCAUUGCGCUUGCGGCAGUACAAGGCCUGCCUGUCCUUCCUCUCCUCCGCCCCGGCCUCCUCCACUUCGUCCUCGUCCUCGUCACGACCUCCUCGCCCUCCCAUCCGCCUCCUCGUCGGCGACUUCAACACCUCGUCGGCCGCCGAGCUCGCCCCCUUCUCGUCACCGCCGCACUCGCUCACCGACGCGUGCCCGUCGGCUCCUCCCCCUCGCGCGCCAGCGUCGGCGCACGACGCCUCGUUCGCGAGCCCGCCGACGUUCGGACACCUGUACCCGCUCGUGACGGUGCACUCGCGCAAGGCGCGCAAGGCGAGGCGCAUCGACCGCGUCUACUUUUCGGGCGGCCCGGGCGCAGGAGGAGGAGGAGCCGCCGGGUCGGGCUCUCGGUCGGCGGCGGCGGCGUCGAGCGGCGGCGGUGCGAGGGUGCGGGUCGUGCGGUACGAGCACCUCGGCGGCGAGAGGGCGGUCGAGGGGAGGGACCGCACGGGGAGGGACGGCAAGGUGUGGGCCAGCGACCAUGAGGCGGUUCGGGUCGAGUUGGAGUGGGGAGGGUGAGCGGGUGCUCCUGCGACGCUGCUGGCCUGCG